AUGGACCGAAGAUCAGGUGCCGAACCACAGUUUGACUUCGUCGGAAAAAGGAUAACAUCUCAGCAACAACAACAACGAGAGCAAGCGACCAGGCGGGUAGUUCUACCUUACAUCCCGAAUAUAGCUGAACUCACAACCAGAUUGUCGGCCGAAAAGAGGAAUCGUCGUGGCGACGUUGAGGAAACUGAUCUCCAAACCGAAGAACAACCAAAACAAAACCAAGAAGAACAAUGUGGCAUACAAAAUCAACUGCAACAACUGCAACCAAUUCUACGUUGGACAAACUGGGAAGAAAUUAUGCACAGGAAUAAAGGAACACAACAUGGCCAUCAGGAGACAUGA